GGAAAGUCAGCUGCUACGUUGGUGGUUACUGCAGACUCCCAUCUUCAAUAGAAGAAUUUGUUAAUUCUUAACUCCUGGGAAGUUGGUCAGAAAGCCAAGUCCAAGGGAAGGAUUUUAUGUUAAUCAGAAAUACUUUCAGAAGAUUCCAGAAGUGGUAAGGGCAACGCCAAUCUGCGAAGGGCCGGCAUGGGGAUCCUAUACUCUGAGCCCAUCUGCCAGGCGGCCUACCAGAACGACUUGGGUCAAGUGUGGCGAUGGGUGAGAGAAGACAGCGCUUGCGUCAAUGUGCGAGAUGACUUCAAUGGAGACACUCCCCUGAUCUGUGCCUGUAGGCGAGGACACCUGAGAAUUGUUUCCUUCCUUUUAAAACAAAAUGCGGAUGUGAACCUCAAAAACCGGAAAGAGAGAAACUGCUUGCAUUAUGCUGUGAAGAAAAAAUUUACCUUCUUUGAUUACCUGCUUAUCAUCCUCUUAAUGCCCGUUCUGCUUAUCGGGUAUUUCCUCAUGGUGUCAAAGACCAAGCAGAAUGAGACUCUUGUCCGAAUGUUGCUCAAUGCCGGGGUAAACGUGAACGCCGCAGACUGUUAUGGCUACACAGCCCUGCAUUAUGCCUGUCAGAUGAAAAACCAGACCCUUAUCCCUCUGCUUCUGGAAGCUCAUGCUGACCCCACGAUCAAGAACAAGCGUGGUGAGAGUUCCCUGGAUAUUGUGCAGAGAUUAAAGUUUUCCCAGAUUGAAUUAAUGCUAAGGAAAGCAUCCUAAUCCUUGUGGCCUCACAUGGAGAAGUAGAAAAAGUUAAAGGACUGAAUUCUAUCUCCAUUUUGGACAAGUGGUCUGUGGACCGUUGAACCCGGACGCUGUGAUUUUUUUGGUUACCGUGGGUAACCGUAACGGUGGUUGCCACGGUUAACAUUUUGGAAGAGCUUUGUAUUUAGAAUUUUCUUUUGCCCAGUGGAGUUCACCAUGGUCACCAUCCUUCUAGGAGAAACACUAAAACUCUUGGAGUUUCCAUUUGGGUCCAAAGAAAAAGGUGACGUUUCAAGCUCAGUCUCUUCCAAAGAAAAGGAUCAGAGUUACCUGGUUUGUUUUUCUCUCCCCAGCUGUGUAGCUCUUACCUGGCAAUUUCAUGCCCAGAAGACAGCUGUUUCUCUCCGUCCUUUUUGAAUAGUAAGAGGAAGAAUCAAAGUAUACAUAUUUGUAUGGACCGAUGUGUUGGGGGAAUGGGAGAUGAGCUUCAUAUGUAAAUAUUUACUUGGUGAAACAACUUCAACAAAAUCAUCUCCCACUCAUCAGGGGUGGGAGUAUUCAUGCCACAGUAAUCAGCAAAUGCCAGGGGAAGGGGCAGAGGGAGAAGGAGAAGCCCACUCCUGACGCGGACCUGGAUCCCAGGACCCUGGGAUCGUGACCUGAGCCGAAGGCAGAGGCUUAACCCACUGAGCCCCCCCAGGUGCCCCUCAGGAGAGCCAAUUUAACCAGCAUAGCUCCAGACAUUUUGCUAUCGGUUUACAAUUAAAAGUCAUCCUCAUUUUGAACAAAAUCCUGUAACCACCGAGACCUUCGUUCAAAAACACCUUUCUGAUUCUCCUGUGAAUGUGAGGCAGCUGCUAAGCUCGUUGAUUCUGUUUAUGUUCAUUGGUAAAAUUUAACAUAGCAUUGUUAAUUAUUAGACGAAGGACUUCUUUACAAGAACUAGAGCAGUAGGGUGGGGUGAUAUCUGGGUUACGCUUCUGGGGGAGAGAGAGAAUAUCGAAAUAUAUUUCAUAACUCCUUCAUCAAUGAGACCCAGUAGAAAUAAACACAUUUAAAAAAUGGUUGAAUUUUGCAAGGCGAGACAGAGUCAUUAAUAUCUUCUGACAUGGACUAAACCACACUUUUUGUGGUAACAAACAGUCUACCAAAAAGAUUUACCAUCCUUGAAUAGAAUAAGGGUUUAAUGAAAAUCCAGUCCAGGAGUAUUUCUUGAACUAGGUACAGAGCCUUAAGGUACAUGUUUUGUGAGGGACAUGGUAGGGUGUAGAUCUAGAUUCUGAAGCCCUUAAGUGUCUCUUAAAUUAUUUAAGACACAUUCACAUUUGCAUUGAAUGAGGUCAGCAGGUGGCUCUGGGGAAUCGCAUAAACAUGAACCUUAUACACCAGUA